AUGGUAUCAAUGAAAUUAACACACCGAAAUGAUCCUAACACUUGGAGUUCAACUGAAAUUAAUGAAUGGUUAUCAGAGCGUCGCAUAGAAUACAAAGGCAUUCCAGAAAGGCAAGAGUUGGUCAAUUUAGUCAAUACUCAUAAGACUGAGGUAUCAAAGUCAACUAAAGAAGCUAUGGAAGAUUUUGUAAAUCAAUAUAUUGUAUCCCUUAAAGACGACUAUGAUGUGAAAGAAUUGGUCCCUGAAAAAUUCGACGAGUACACUCAGCAAAUCGCUGGUCAAAUUGAAAAGCUUAGACAGACAACUUUUCUCACCGAAGAACAGGUUAAUCCUGUCUUUAAUCAAAUACUCGAACGGUUAAAAGACACGAAAGCU